AUGUAUUUAUGUAUCUAUCUAUCUAUCUGUCUAUCUAUCUAUGACAAACUGUUCAUUAUCUAUCUAUCUAUCUAUCUAUCUAUCUAUCUAUCUAUCUAUCUAUCUAUCUAUCUAUUUCAUCUCAACCUUUCUUUCUUACAUCUCUCUUUCUUUCUUUCUUUCUUUCUUUUUUUCUUUCUUUCGUUCUCUGUUUUUGCUUACUUCUUUUUUCGUUGGUUUAUAUUCUCUUUCUUCAAGAAUCGACUAUUCGUGGUUUCUUUCUUUCUUUCUUUUUCUUCAAGAGUCGACCUUUCUUUCUCCUUUCGUUUCUUCAUUCUUUCUUUGAUUUAUCCUUCUUUCUUUUUUCCUUUCUUUGUUCGUCUGUUUAUUUUUUUUUCAAAAGCCGACCUUUGUUUCUUUCUUUAUAAGUUCUUUGUUUUUUCUUUCUUUCUUCGUUUGUUUAUUUUCUUUUUUUUUAUAGAGUCAACCUUUCUUUCUUUCAUCUCUCUUUCUUUCUUUCUCUUUUAUUGCUUAUUUCUUUAUUCGUUGCUUUCUUUCUUCUUGGUUUCUUUCUUUCUUUAUUUGUUCUCUUUUUCUUCAAAAGUCGACCUUUCUUUCUUCUUUCUUUCUUUCUUUCUUUCUUUCUUUAAUUCAUCCUUCUUUCUUUCUUCUUUCUUUUUUCCUUUCUUUGUUCGUCUGUUAAUUUUUUUUUCAAAAGCCGACCUUUGUUUAUUUCUUUAUUUGUUCUCUCUUUUUUCUUUCUUUUUUAGUUUGUUUAUUUUCUUUCCUUUAUUUUUUCUUCGUCUUUUUAUUUUUUCUUCGUCCUUUUAUUUUUUCUUUGUCUUUUUAUUUUUUUCUUCUUUCAUACUUCUUUCUUUCUUUCUUCCUUUCUUUCUUCGUCUGAUUAUUUUCCUUUUCUUCAAGAGUUGCCAUUCGUUUGUUUCUUCCUUUUAUCUUACCUUCUUCGUUUCAAACUUCAGUUGGCAUUUGGUUGUUUUUUUUCUUUCUAUCUCUUUCUGUCCAUGUCAUGUUUUUAAAUUUUAUACAACCUUGAUUCUUCGUGACUUUUUAUUUAUUUCUUCUUUCUUUCUUUCUUUCUUUCUUUCUUUCUUUCUUCAAUCGUUUAUUGUGCAUUGUAUUAUUCUGUUUUCUUCAAAACCUUUCUUUUAUUUCAUUUUUUCUUUCUCUCUUUCUUUUUUCCUCUGUUUAUUUUGUUCUUCUUCAAUAGUCAACCUUUCUUUCUUUCUUUCUUUCUUUCUUUCUUUCUUUCUUUCUUUCUUUCGUCGUCUGCUUAUUUUGUUUUUCUUCAGGAGCCAACCUUUCUUUCUUUUUUCUUUCUUUUUUUCUUUCUUCUUCCUCACCGUCUUUCUUCGUCUGUCUAUUUUCUUUUUCUUCAAUAGCCGACCUUUAUUCCUUUCUUUAUUAGUUCUUUCUUUCCUUUCUUUCUUUAUCUCUUUUGCAUAUCUCUACAAAACUUGGUCGUUCUUCCUUUUUUUUUUCUUUCUUUCUUCGUUUAGUCGACCUUUCUUUCUUUUUUAUUUCUUUGUUCAUUACGCAAUACAUUUUCUUUCUUCUACGACUGUCUUUCGAUCGUUCUUUUUUCUUUCUUUCUUUGUCUUCCAAUUUCUCCAAUAA